AAUGGGUCCGUGGUAUUUAAAUAAUCAGGUUAUUAAGUUUUGCAGGAGAAAAGACGGAUGACUCACAUUCUUCGCGAGUGGUGAGAUUCAUUCACUACUGCAUAAUCUGCUGAUCUGCUGUUGAACAAAAACAAAUACAGAAAAUAAUAUACAAACAAAUAACAUCCUCAUAAAUAUCGACUUUCACUCAUCAAAUUAUAAAUAAUGAAUAGUUUUCACCUUGCUUUGUAUUUUACCUGGAUUUACCAUUACACUGAAUUGAAUAUAUUGUCGAUAAACGUGUUAUAAAAAUAUAAUAUUUUAAAGUAAAACUAAAACAGUUGUCAAAAUUGUAGUGUCAAAAGUUAUCGAAACUUUUGCCUCGAGUUCCAAUGAGCAAUAAUAAUGGGACUAGCAGCAGCAGCAGGUGUGACCAAUUUCGCUGUCUGUUCUGCUCAACGUCGUCAUCCGGAGGAGGCAUUGGAUCGUCCCCCCUCGAGGGACGAGGGACAGGGAACGAGAACGACAAAAAUCUCUACAAAAUGGUUUUCAUUUUACAUAAAUUGUUACAGAUUCCACUUUGGGAAUGCACUAAAUACUUGAUCUCGUCGGAGGAUGGGUCUAUAAAUUCCAUUAAGUUGUGCAACAUCUGCACCAAGAUGGUAGAUGAAGGUCAAUCCCUAGUGGAGAAGGUCGAGCGCCUUCAGCUCAAAUUGCAAACUCUUCAGGCAACUCUUCAGAACCAACUGUUAUCGGGUCAAACUGCUCAGCUUAUCAAUCAGAGUCCAACGGUUCUAGACCAAUCUAAACUAAGAAGCAGCAUUCGUGACGAAAUUCGCAAUAAUGUGUGUAGAUCGUCCCUUCAAUCUUGUUCUUUCAGUGCUUUUGGUACUGGUGAGGGCCAACUUGACGAAAUUGUGCAACCAGCAGAAGCGUCGACACCUGCAGAAUUAGGAGUCAAUGCCCAAGGACAAGAAGAAAGAGUUCAAAUGACGAUUGAAGUUGGUGAGGUGAAAGUAGAGACAGAAGAAUCUUUCAACUACGAAGUGAUCGACCUUGUGGAUGAUAAUGAUAACAACGAAUAUGGAAAUAGUCAGCUUGGACAAGAUUGGGACGAUAUGGUGUCCGAAGUUACCAGUGGGGGUUGUGGGACGAUUGACAGACGUCUAUCUCAGCGACAAGAAGGUCCUUCAUGUUCGGCAACUCUGUCUUCGUCAAUCCGUGGUACGGACAUGUCACCGUUAUCAGGCCCACCUCGAAGAAAACGAGCUUGUUCCGUAAUUGAAGAUGGCUCUUCGGAUGCUUCUAUUCCCACUCCAAGUCCACCCGUUCCAAUAUCGCAGCAGUUUAUGUUAAAACAGCAAUCGUCACAACCAGGGACAUCGCCCCAGCAAUAUCAUUCUCAAACACAACAAUCUACAUCUGUUACAUUGCUCCAAACGCUCCUUAGUACUCCACAAAAUCUAACUUUACAAUCACCUUUUACGUCACCUUCAUCAACUCGUGGAAAGCAAGUAGUUUGGUCUGGGGUGUUGGAGUGGAAUGAGAGGCGGAUAAUAGAUGGAUUACAGUACCGUCACCCAAAUCAAGUAUCUUGCCGGAUUUAUGCUGCUGUAGUAAACCAUAUUCCCAUGGUCAAUACUGCAGGAUGGCCUGCCAAACUCUUGAUGCAAUAUAUACCAAAAGCGUUUGUGGCAGCAGUUAGACCUGCCACGGAUCUCCUAGCAAAAACCGUGCUGGUUGAGUUUGAUCAGCCACUUUCUCCACAAGUUCAACAAAUGACUAGAGUGUUAGAUGGGGGAUAUGCAGGUUGCAUUCGCUUCACUGGAGCGCAUCCCAAUUGCGUAAUAAAAUUGAUGGCACUCAUUCAUGUAAGGAGUAAGGGAGCAUAUGUCGCUAUAAUUCCGGACCAACAGGAUGAGUUUAUUAGAAAACUGCAAAAUGUGAUUAAAGUUUACAAUGAACGCCAGGCCCUUAAACAAAAUGUUCAAUAUCUCCAAAACAGUGUCAGUGCUAGCAAUAUAGUAAAUGUCACUCAAGUCAUUUCCAAUAAUCCUCAGUCCAGUGUAGUACAACAGCAACAACCCACAGGAGCAACUAUUCACCAUAUGCCUUCAACACUAUCGGUUCAAACGGAAACACAACAAAGACAGGAGAAUCUCCUACGAAUACAACAACUCCAGCAAACUUUGGAGCGAUGUAGAGAACUUGGAUAUCAAGCAUGAUAUGUAAAUACAAAUGUGGAGUUAUAAAUUAACCACGGUAGAAUAGUUAAUUCCUUUCGUGUUGAGUUGGGCCCAAUUUGGAUGAAAUUGCAUGCAAUGCAAUGUUCACGAAAAUUGAAGGCGUAUAUGCACUACACCCAACAAAAUAGCAUUAAAGUUAAGUAUUAUAGAUCAUAUUACUAUUUGUAAGGGCAAGCUAUGAUUAUUAGAAAUAUAUAGGACUCAUCCUUUAGUAUUCUUUGGAUUAGAUUACAUAAUUACAGUCAAGUUCUGUUUUAUAUCAAUUUGCAAUAUUCACUUAUUGCAUCUUUACGCUUUUGUAAUAAAUGACACCAAAAUGUCGAUUCAUUGUUUCAGCAA